AUGCCCCUCCAAAACCUCCUUGAAAACCACUCUGCUCAGUGCUUUCUUGUGACCCUCCUGGUGACCCUGCUCUCUACAUCCUCCGAUGCCUGUGGUAGACCACCAACCUAUCAAAACAUGCGGCUCAUUGGCGUUCCUAAAACCAGUUAUAACCCUGGGGAAGAAGUACAAUACUCAUGUAGACCAGGGUAUAUACGGCGAACUCACCUCAAGGUCUCCAGUGUAUGUGCUGAAAAUGGGACAUGGUCAUCGAUUUCAAAGGAUGCUUGUUACAAAAAAUCAUGUCCAAGGCAAGAGGACCCUUUAAAUGGUCAAGUCGAGUUAGUGAACGGAAGUUCUGAGUUUGGUACACAAAUUCAAUUUGUUUGUAAUCGUGGAUUUAUCUUAAUUGGUGAAAAAAUUCUAUAUUGUCUUCUUGACGGAUCAGAUGUGAACUGGAGUAAUGACCCCCCAAUCUGUUCAAAGAUCUUAUGUAAACCACCUCCAGAGAUUAAAAAUGGAACCUUCUCCCCAAGUAACAAGGACGCAUUUGAGUAUCAUGAAGUGGCAACUUAUAGAUGUACUAGCGUACCUGGGGGGGAAGAUCUGUCACUUGUUGGAGAGAGCCGGAUUUACUGUUCUGAGAAUAAUUCAUGGAGUGGUGACCCUCCUGAGUGCAAAGUGGUCAAAUGUCCAUACCCUGUCAUUACAAAUGGGAGACAGACAGCAGGAUUCAGCAAGAAAUAUUCCUAUAAAGCAGUGGUCAUACUUGCAUGUAACCUGGGAUUUUUCCUUCAUGGGAGCAGCACUGUUAUGUGUGACAGCGACAGUACAUGGCAGCCACCGAUUCCAUCCUGUAGGAGUGAACCACCUCCUUCCCCUUCCGCUUCCCCUCCCCCUCCCAGAACAUCUUCCACAACACCUGCGGCAACACCUGCCACUACACAUGCUACAUUCACUACCAAAGGAGCAUCAUUUGAUUUUAGAGAUUCAAAUGGAUGGAUCAUUUUUCUGAUAAUGAUGGCUGUUCUGGACCUACAGUAA